AAGCGAGGCACGAUGAUCGAGAGUCCUUAUAAUCUGCAAACGCGAUAGAGAACACGAUUAGUUCGCCUGGCAAGAGCCGCAGAGCAAGUUCAGUUUACAUUCGACCUUCGCGGUGAAGUGUGAUCAUUGUAAAAAGUCAGCAAGCCUCGACCAAUUCAACCGAAUCACCAUCGUUCUCAAGGGGGUGUGUUCGCUUCAUUGGUUAUUCUGAUCUAAUCGAAAAAAUAAACAACAAUUAUGAAUAGACUAAUAGUUUUUAUUAGUUUGAUCGUAACACUAAGAUCUUUAAAUGGAGAACAAUUCGAGCUGGUUUUCAAAUGGAAGCAGUUGCAAUAUAACGACAUUCAAACUGAACCCGGAGACAUUGUGUUCAGUGGACCAGUUAAACCUGCACCGCCUACCAUCAACGAGACCUUCGUUAGCUAUAACAACAUUCCCAUGGGAGCUACCCAUCACAAGGGACGUGUUUUCAUUUCCGUUCCGCGAAGACGGCCUGGAAUACCGGCCACCUUGAAUGUGAUUGAUAUUGAAAAGCAGAAGAAAGGUAAUAAAAGUCCAGCACUGACGGCCUAUCCGGAGAAUCGCAUCAAUCAGCUACAUCUGGACUACCACGCAGACUUGAAACACCUGGUAUCGGUCUACAGAACCACGGUUGACCAGUGCCAACGUCUAUGGUUCGUCGACACCGGCAUGCUCGAGUAUCCCAACAACACCAUGCAAGUGCAGCGUCCUCAACUGUGGAUCAUCGACUUAUCUCGCGACAGGAAGGUACGAACCUUUGAAAUCCCGGAAUCUAUUGUUCAGCAGGGUGUUGGAAUGGCAAGCCUUGUCGUCGAUUCUGAUGCCACAACUUGUGACAAAUCGUACGCCUACAUCCCGGACUUAGUGCAAGGAGCCAUCUACGUCUACAGCUUCGAAGCGAAUCGCAUGUGGGCUUUCCGUCACAGCUCCUUCCAGCACGAUCCACAGAGAGCGGCGUUCAAUGUCGCCGGCCAACGGUUCAAUUGGGACGACGGAGUCUUUUCGAUCACCAUCGGCAAUCGCGACCCGGUUACCCGCUCCAGACCGGUCUACUAUCACCCUAUGGUGAGCACAUCGGAAUUCAUCACCUUCACGGAAGUCCUACAGAACGAGGCUCUUGCAACGAACGGGGGCUACGACAAUCUCUUCCAAGCGAUGGGGGAUCGUGGCUCGAAUACACAGUCUACCAUGCAUCACUUCGAUGACCAGUCACAGGUUAUCUUUUAUGCCGAAGUGAAUCGAAAUACGAUCGGUUGUUGGAACACGAGGUCCAACUUCUCAGCCGAGAACCAUGACAUCAUCCAUCACGAUAACGAGCGAUUGAUUUAUCCGACCGACCUAAGUGCGGACGCUUCUGGAGUCAUCUGGGUGCUAUCAAACAAUCUUCCUACAUGGAUCUACUCGCAGCUGGACGUGAACGAGUACAACUUCUACCUGUGGCGUCAGACACCGGCGAAGGCGAUUGAAGGAACCAAGUGCAAGACCGAGGUCGAAUAAAAAUGAUAACGAGUCCCGUGAGCGAGCGAACGUGAUAAUCGCUUAGAAGAACGAUUGUGUUUUCGACUAAAUCGGCAAGUUUGUUGUGACGCGUUUAUUUUGAGAAGUACAAUCAGCUGAAGUUGAAAAGGCUGUGUUCUUUCUAUACAUGGUCGCUGAAGCAUGGCACAAAUAAAACCUCUCUCUGAUUCAACAUGUUUAUACCAAAA